AUGAUGCAGGUCAGUGAGAAAACAACACUGACAAAAGCCAAUGAGUUCUCUGCCCCUCAGGCGGGAACCGCUGGCAUCCUGGAGGCCCAGAACCACUCUCUAGCAGACUCGAUACCUAUGCCCUUACUCUACUUCAGCGAUGUUCAAGAUGGCAGUCACAUCACGGCGAAGUUCAGUCCAGUUCUGCGUGCCUACGUUACGUCGGACUAUGAAGAGACACGAGGUCAAGUCGACGGUCGUGAGGUCUGGUCGCAGGACCUCACUGGACUUGCUCAGAACACGACUUGGAACCUCGAGCGCAAUUCAUGGACUGGAAAUUUAUCGGUCACUCACGCUUGA